ACAGGCUCUCAAUGACGUAAAAGUGGACCACCGCUUUUGUGGCGGUGAUUCGUCCCCCGGGUGGAGACCUCAAAAAAGGGGAGGUAAUGGUGUUUCCUGUCUUGCUCUUUGUGCUUCUCUUUCCACUAUUUCAUGGAUUCACACCGCGCAUUACCGCCGUAGUCACGGGUGGCAAUCGCGGUCUGGGUCUGGCCAUUUCCGAUCUGUUGGCUGAAGUGGGGUACCAUGUCAUUUUAACGGCGCGGAAUGCAGAGGAGGGCCAAGCUCGUGUGGCAGACAUACAACGCCGACAUGGUCAAAAUCGUUGUGAGUUCAUGGCUUUAGACGUCAGUGAGCCUAAAAGCAUCAAGGCUUUUGUCGAUCAAAUGAAGCGGAACGAGGAGAUGCGGGGAGGGGUGCCUCACGUUUUGAUUAACAAUGCCGGCAUAUGUGUGAGAGAUGAAGACGCAGCUGCCGCCGUAGAGGGCAGUGGAGGAAGAGAGGGAGUCUAUCGCUCCGUUUUCGACAUAAAUACAUGGGCCCCGGUGGCGUUGAUUGAGGCCUGCUUGCCCGGAAUGUGUAAACACGGGUUUGGUUGCAUUGUAAAUAUAUCAAGUGGCGACGGAGAGCUCGCAUACCUGCACAGUGAGGUUGCCAAGAGGUUAAAGAGAGUGCGAAGCCUAGCUGAAUUGAAACAAUUCUCGGACUGGGUCGCGCAGAUGCAACAGGAAGGUCCGUGGCCACGCGGUGAGGGUUUGGCGCCCGUUUCUUGGCCGGCUUACAGCUUUUCGAAAGCAGUUUUGAAUGCAGCGACUCAGCUGCUGCAAAGCAGGGUUGAUGCACUAAUUUCUAAAGACAUGAAGGUGCGGGCGCAUCAACCCCGAAUAGUUGCCAUCUGUCCGGGAGACGUCAACACCGCCAUGUGUGAUGAGCAUGCCGCACAUAACGCGCUUUCUCCCGAGCAAGCAGCAUUAGAUGUCGUAUGGGCGGUGCUUCAUUCUAAGGAAUGUCAUGGAGGAUAUUUCUAUCGAGCAAGAAGGGCCAUCCCGUGGUAAAAAAAAACUGGCCAAGCGCAGGAUGUAUUUAAUUAUGUCGCAAGAGCGCUACUGACACGAACUUUCCAUGCAACGUCGAGGAGGGCGUCAAUUCGUCAAGGAAAACAAAAAAUUGGCAUAAUGAUUGUUUAUAAAAAAGUUCAUGACCGCGUCUUAGAACGAAA